GUCCAGGGGAAUUUUCUCCUGACCAUUCCCACUGAAACAUAAUGAUUACUAGAUAACCCCCAUUCCUCAGUGGUGCAACACACCAUGCACACCAAUACACAAAUAAAACGCAAGCCCGCCCCUCAAACCAUCUCCCCGGACGGCACCAUCCGCGGCGUGAUAACGGUGUCGCCUUCACCAACACCACCGCCACAACCAUGCAUAUCUUCAAAGCAACAGCUACAAGUCCAACAACAACCACUAUCACAAUCACAACCACCAUCACCACGUCCUCAUCGGCCCCCACCACCCUACACACCACCCCUCCCCAUCCGCUCCGCAACCACCCACAAUGAACCAUCCUAUCCAGCCCGUACCCCCUCUCCUCUCCCACCACCACCCCCUCGCUCCGCGACAACCCCAACACCAACAGGCCCCUCCACCGCCCAAAAAGCCUACAACGAAGCCACCCACUUCCUCGGCGGCCUCAUAACGCACCCCACAAGCAGCACAAAACACACCACCAUCCUGCGCCACUCCUCGGGCAUCGUCUUCUACCGCGGCAGCACCACCUCCGUAACCAUCUCCAUUUUCUCCGACACGCCCCUCCCACCCACUCGCACGCUCUACCUUCAAAGCAAAGGCUGGAGCGGCAAAACCGGCAUGAAAACCAAAGCAUUCCUCGGCUUUACCGACUCCUGGCUAAACGUCACCCCGACACUCCCCGUGCACGUGCAGCAAGUCGACCCGAUCGACGAGCGUGCCUGGCAGCGUGACAUUGGCAAGUUUCGCAAGAAGGCAACAGGGCGCGAGAGGCAGCAUGUUCUGCGCGAGACGAUGGUGGUGAGGAUCCCUGUCGAGGCCGGGGAUGGGUACUUCCAGCUUGUGCUUUGCGGGGAUGGCGAGAACAGGAGGAAGGUUAUGUGCUAUAGUCCUGUGUUUCGGGUGUUGUCGACGAGUUUGAGUCCCAGUUCGUGUAGGGGUGCCAGUUUGUCGACGAUGCCGUUGGAGGUUGGGGCCAUGGUGCUGGGAAUGUAUGUCCAGACUGCCGCCGAGGCUGUCGUUGCGCCGGUUACUGCGGCGGUGCAGAGUAAGGUGCAGCCGUAUCAGCCGAGUGGGGUGACACAGACGGCGGCGGAGACGGCGGUUUCGGUUAGUGGGGUUGGGGAUAGAGUCGGGUCGGUGUUGGGGAUGGGAGGGGACGACGAUGAUGAAGAUGGUGGUGGUGGUGGGAGUGGGAAUGGGUUGAGGGAUGUGCAGGCGGGGUAUCAGCUUGCGUUGGAGGAAGGGCCGAAGCCGCCGUUUCCGGUGGAUCUUACAGCGAGGGUGGAGGCCGUGGAUAGUGAGGGGCUUUGGUUUAGGGUUGGUAAGGUGUCUGAUAUGGUACUGGAUCGGUAUCGUGGGUAUUUCUUUGGGUGGGCGAGGGUUGAGGGUGUUGAGGCUACGGCGGAGAGAGGACCAGGUUUAGCCUCGGGAGCGUGGCAGGGUGUCGUGUUCUCGAUUGUAUACUUUGAUCCGACGCAGCAGGAGAGAGUCAAUCUCUCGCGCACCAUGAAGAAGGUUACGACUGUGCGCUUCAUCGACGAGCCUGUAGUGCCGCUGAGAGCUCAAACGAAGCUUCAGAUCCGGAUUAUGGGAUUCCUGCGCCCGGAUGUCCCUCCGCCCAGAAGCCAGACGGAGAAGGAUCUCAUGGCUGCGCGCGAGGCAGCCGCUGAGGCGGCUAUGUUAGCUGAUGCGUGCGAUGUGUCGUAUGCGCAGAGCAUUCUUGAACAUCCCGCCUGGGCAGCGGAUAGGGCCCUGGUGUCGGGAACACGAGGUAUGGGAACCAACGGAGCGAGUGGAAGUGGAAGCGGAGGCUGGAUGGAUAGAACUAGAGAAGGUGUGGAGAACGUCAAGUAUCGGGGGCAGAAGUUGGCAGAGAAGGUUCCCUUGCAUUGGAUCGGGGUGAGGGCUCCGACGGAUGAGGCAAGGGAUAAGCAGAUUGCCGUGAAUGGGUUUUAUAUAGUUCGAGGGUGAUAUGACUGUAUUUUACUUGUACAUUAGAUGACGUAUAUACUUUAAUUUUGAAGUUGAAGGGUAAUAAUUAUAAUCAGAUUCAUGUUUUCGAAUACCAAGUUCUUGGACUGCUCACUUGCAGUGCCCCAUUCAAGCAUGAGGCGCAUGCUAUAUACUAAGCAAGGCCUAGAACUCUAUUACAGACAAGCUUUGUACUCCCAGUUCCCGUCUUUUGGAAAUGGUAUCAUCUAUCAGACCAUCCGGAGAACCAAGCGUCAAUGUUGAUCAAUGUUUGGUGGCGGUGCAACAGAUGACGGUGGACCGCGGCCCCAAAACUAUGCCCAAAAAGGAAAACAGGGUGUUCGCUCCACUCAAGCUUCGGAGUGGACCGUUCGAAGUCCCUUGAGUGUUCCUGAAAAUGAGAACGCUCCGUGUGUUUGU